AUGGAUCUGGACAGCAUUGAGGGGUUGAAUGAAGUGCGUCCUGCUGUGUACCGCACUGCAAUGAAGCUCCGCUCCUUACAGAAACUCUGCCAUAUGCAUGUUGUGACACUGCGGGAGCUCAUCCCAGCCCUGCGCUCUCUGGGAGGAGCCGGGGACCCUAGGGCGGGGCUUAGUGAACAGGAAGUGAUGCAGGGCAUAAACAGGAUGUUCCAAAGCGUGUCACAGGAAGUACCUGGUCAGGUGUCAGCAGAGGCGCCAGAACAGACUUGCAGACUGCUGUACAGACUGUAUGACCGGGGACAGACUGGCACUGUCUGUCGCAGGUCAGUUGAAGUUGCUCUCAUCUCUCUCUCAGCAGACACACUCUCAGCCAAACACAAGGCUCUGGUUCGUCUGGCAGAGAGGUGCAGUGGGAGAGAGAGUGGCACAGUGAGCAGGAGUGGUCUCAGAGUCCUACUGCAAGACCUCAGCCAGGUGCCGGCUGUAGUGCAGGAGAACCAUGUGUUUGGCUCAGCUGAGACAGCCGUUCGUUCCUGCUUCAGUGGGGUGCUGAGUGCGUGUGUGUGUGAGGAGCAUGUCCUCUCAUGGCUGCAGUGUGAGCCCUGUCUGUUGCUGUGGCUCCCCAUCCUGUACCGCCUGUCAGUCAGUGAGAACGUCACACACUCCGUACGCUGCCACACCUGCAAGGCCUACCCCAUCACUGGACUCAGGUAUCGCUGUAUGAAGUGU